CAUUAGGCAGCAGCUGGGGGAAGAAUCAACACACCAGGGAGCAGAGCGGAGCGGACCCGAGGACAGAGGCGGCAGCUGCCUCCGCUGCCGCCCGCCGCCGCCGCCGCCACCGCCGGGGCUCAGCCCAGCGGCGGGCCCCACGCCCCCGCAGCCGCCCCGCGGCGCCCCCCGGCCCGACCCCCGGGCCGCGCACCCCGAGCUGCCUCCGGGAGGGGGGGGGGGAAAGGGCCCGGAUCCUCCUUCUCCCCCUCCUCCUCUCCCUCCUCCUCCCCCUCUUCUCACCCCUUACCCUGACCCCCUCCCCGCCUCCCCGGCCCCCCCUCACCCCGACCCUCUCCCCGGCCCCCGCCUCCCCUCCCCCGCCUCGCCCCACCGGCUUCCCACCACGGCCUCUCUCGGCGAGGAAACUCUGGCCUCCGCUUCCUCCUCCUCCGACUCGGACACCGGCGGAGCCUCCCCGCCCCCGCGGAAGAAACCCCGAGCCUCGGCGGCGGAGGGAGCAGGAGAGCCCGGGGCUUCGGCAGGCAGAGCAGGCCUCUCCCCUCCGUCCUCGUCGUCCUCGUCCUCGUCGUCCUCCUCCUCCUCCUCCGUGGUGGUAGUGGUGGGACUCCCCCCGGCUGCCCCUUCCGCCGCCGCUGCCGUCCCCCACCGAAGUAGCGGCCACAGCCUGGUCAGCGGCAGCAUCAUGCAGGCCAACGGGGCAGGAGGAGGAGGAGGAGGCGGCGGCGGCGGCGGAGGAGGAGGAGGGGGCGGCGGGGGCCAGGGACAGACCCAGGAACUCGCCUGCCUGUCGGCCCAGAACGGGGAGUCGUCCCCCUCGUCGUCGUCGUCCGCGGGGGACCUGGCCCACGCCAAUGGGCUCCUGCCUUCCGCCCCCUCCGCCGCCAGCAACAAUAGCAACAGCCUGAAUGUCAAUAACGGGGUCCCCGGCGGGGCCGCCGCCGCAGCCUCCGCCACCGUUGCAGCUGCCUCCGCCACCACCGCCGCCUCCUCUUCCUUGGCCACCCCAGAACUGGGCAGCAGCCUCAAGAAGAAGAAGCGGCUCUCCCAGUCAGAUGAGGAUGUCAUUAGGCUAAUAGGACAGCACUUGAAUGGCUUAGGGCUCAACCAGACUGUUGAUCUCCUCAUGCAAGAGUCAGGAUGUCGUUUAGAACAUCCUUCUGCUACCAAAUUCCGAAAUCAUGUCAUGGAAGGAGACUGGGAUAAGGCAGAAAAUGACCUGAAUGAACUAAAGCCUUUAGUGCAUUCUCCUCAUGCUAUUGUGGUAAGAGGCGCACUUGAAAUCUCUCAAACGUUGUUGGGAAUAAUUGUGAGGAUGAAGUUUUUGCUGCUGCAGCAGAAGUACCUGGAAUACCUGGAGGAUGGCAAGGUCCUGGAGGCACUUCAAGUUCUACGCUGUGAAUUGACGCCACUGAAAUACAAUACAGAGCGCAUUCAUGUUCUUAGUGGGUAUCUGAUGUGUAGCCAUGCAGAAGACCUACGUGCAAAAGCGGAAUGGGAAGGCAAAGGAACAGCUUCACGAUCCAAACUGUUGGACAAACUUCAGACCUAUUUGCCACCAUCAGUGAUGCUUCCUCCACGGCGUUUACAGACUCUCCUGCGGCAGGCGGUGGAACUACAAAGGGAUCGGUGCCUAUAUCACAAUACGAAACUUGAUAAUAAUCUAGAUUCUGUGUCUCUGCUUAUAGAUCAUGUUUGUAGUAGGAGGCAGUUCCCAUGUUAUACUCAGCAGAUACUUACGGAGCAUUGUAAUGAAGUGUGGUUCUGUAAAUUCUCUAACGAUGGCACUAAACUAGCAACAGGAUCAAAAGAUACGACAGUUAUCAUAUGGCAAGUUGAUCCGGAUACACACCUGCUAAAACUGCUUAAAACUUUAGAAGGACAUGCUUACGGUGUUUCUUAUAUUGCAUGGAGUCCAGAUGACAACUAUCUUGUUGCUUGUGGCCCGGAUGACUGCUCUGAGCUUUGGCUUUGGAAUGUACAAACGGGAGAGCUAAGGACAAAAAUGAGCCAGUCUCAUGAAGACAGUUUAACAAGUGUGGCUUGGAAUCCAGAUGGGAAACGCUUUGUGACUGGAGGUCAGCGUGGGCAGUUCUAUCAGUGUGAUUUAGAUGGUAAUCUCCUUGACUCCUGGGAAGGGGUGAGAGUGCAAUGCCUUUGGUGCUUGAGUGACGGGAAGACUGUUUUGGCAUCAGAUACACACCAGCGAAUUCGGGGAUAUAACUUCGAGGACCUUACAGAUAGGAACAUAGUACAAGAAGAUCAUCCCAUUAUGUCUUUUACUAUUUCAAAGAACGGCCGAUUAGCUUUGUUAAAUGUAGCAACUCAGGGAGUUCAUUUAUGGGACUUGCAAGACAGAGUUUUAGUAAGAAAGUAUCAAGGUGUUACACAAGGGUUUUAUACAAUUCAUUCAUGUUUUGGAGGCCAUAAUGAAGACUUCAUCGCUAGUGGCAGUGAAGAUCACAAGGUUUACAUCUGGCACAAACGUAGUGAACUGCCAAUCGCGGAGCUGACAGGGCACACACGCACCGUAAACUGUGUGAGCUGGAACCCACAGAUCCCAUCCAUGAUGGCCAGCGCUUCAGAUGACGGCACCGUUAGAAUAUGGGGACCAGCGCCUUUUAUAGACCACCAGAAUAUUGAAGAGGAAUGCAGUAGCAUGGAUAGUUGAUGGCGAAUUUGGAGCAGACGACUUCUGUUUAACUUAAAAUUAGUCGUAUUUUAAUGGCUUGGGAUUUGGUGCAAACAAACAUGAUUGAUAGCUGGACAGACAUGCUCGUCAUGAAAAAAGAACCAUUUCUGAAGCCCGACUGGGGCCAAACAUUUACACCUUGCUUCAUAGUAACCAGUUGAGAUGAAGCACGUCGUUAGAACGUUGUUGGACACCAUGUUGAAUUAUCCCCCCAUCGGUUGUGAAGAACUGUGCUACAUUCAGGCUUACCCAUUGAACUCAGUAUAUAUAAUUUUUUCCCUCCUGCCUUUUGUCGGGCAGGAUCCAUUCUUGUUGCUCUUCUGUGUAAUGAAGUUUAAAUGCUUGUUUGGAAAACUUUAUUUAACAGUUUAGAAGGCUUGAUAGAAAGAGUGCAUUAGUCUGAAGAGUAUACAUUGGAUAGGAAAGAAUUUCCUUCUUUUGUUUCUCCAAAUCUUUCCGCCUUAUUUAGCUUGAGAUCUUUGCAGCUUGGUUCAUGGAUUCUAGCCUUGCCCGUUGCGCAGUAUAUACUGAUCCAGAUGAUAAACCAGUGAACUAUGUCAAAAGCACUCUCAAUAUUACAUUUGACAAAAAGUUUUGUACUUUUCACAUGGCUUGUUGCCCCGUAAAAGGGUUAACAGCACAAUUUUUUAAAAAUAAAUUAAGAAGUAUUUAUAGGAUUAAA